AUGAGCGGUUCAAAAUCCUUUUCUCUUCUUUUGGCGCUUGUAUCGUGCAUCCAUGUUGUAGCGGACUUUGGUGUACGUGAUGGACUGCAUUUCUCUUUGGAAUCUAGGGCGACGAACAUCGAUGGGUCAAUCCCGACGUAUAAAAACCCAAAAGCUUCGAUUGAGGCGCGCGUCAAUGACUUGCUCCCGCGUAUGACUAUCGAGGAAAAAGUGGCUCAAAUUAUUCAGGGCGACCUCAACGGGUGGAUGGAUCUGUCUGAUCCCCUAGAUGAUACAAAGAUAUUCAAUCAGACUGGAUUAGAAGAAAUGAUGCGAUUAAAAGGCGGUAGCAUAUGGGGAGGUUAUCUGGUACCAUACGACAAGUUUGUUUUCGGCGUCACGGUGGGACAGAAAUAUUUGAUGGAGAAUACAACCCUCGGGAUCCCUGCACUUAUUCAAUCUGAAGGUCUUCACGGUUUUACCAACAAGGGAACCAUAUUUCCCUCGCCAAUCGGUCUAGCGGCAUCGUUUGAUCCCAACUUAGUCUCACAGGUUUCCAAUAUAACUGCCUCUGAAGCAGAAGGACUAGGUAUCAACCACAUGUUUGCACCUGUAUUAGACUUGUCUCGUGAACUUCGCUGGGGACGCGUUGAAGAGAAUUUUGGAGAGGACCCUUUCUUGACUGGAGAAAUGGGUCAUGCUUUCGUUACUGGGCUCCAAUCGGGCCGACGGAGGAACGCCAGUAGCAAUGCUAUAGCCCGUGUUGCCGCUACCUGCAAGCAUUUCGCUGCUUUCGGGAGUCCUCAAGGAGGAUUGAAUAUUGCCCAAGUAUCGGGAGGCGAACGCGAAUUAAGGACUAUGUUCUUGAAGCCAUUCAAUCGCGCAUGUGUCGAAAGUCUCUCCAUUAUGACUGCCUAUUCGAGCUACGAUGGUAUUCCCGCGAUUGCCAAUUCCCAUUUGUUGACUGAUAUUCUUCGCAACGAGUGGGGGUAUAAAUAUUGGGUAACAACGGACGCCGGAUCUGUGGACCUUCUAAUUAACCUCCAUGGUACUUGCGAUACAAGGGAAUGCGCUGCAAAGACUGCGUUAGAAAAUGGUAUCAGCGGAGAGAUGGGAGGCGGGACGUACACAUACCUCACACUACCUGACCAAAUCAAGGCCGGCACUGUCGAUGUGAAGUUCCUCGAUGCCACUGUCAAGGGAAUGUUGAGUGCAAAGUUUGCUCUGGGUCUCUUCGAAAACCCUUAUCCAUACGAAGACUACAUGUCCUUCAUUCGAACUCCUGAAUCAAGGACUGUUCUCCAUCAAGCUGACACCGAAAGUAUCGUUCUUCUUGAAAAUAGAAACAAUGUGCUGCCUCUCAAAAAGAACAUUGGAUCUAUCGCUCUUCUGGGCCCACAGGCUAAUCGUGUCACGUUUGGCGAUUACGUAUUCUUCAACGCUUCUCUGGCUGGCAUAUCUCCUCUCGACGGAUUCAACCAAUUCAUCACAAAUACUUCCAGUAAAACGAAGAUUAAUUUUGCUCCAGGGUGCGAGCUUUGGUCAAACGAUGAUUCGGGUAUACCUGCUGCUGUCCAAGCCGCGCAGGCUUCUGACGUCGCAAUUGUCAUGGUUGGUACGUGGUCCCUUGAUCAGACACUGCUGUGGACUCCGGGAACAAAUGCCACCACUGGAGAGCAUGUCGAUCUCGCCGAUCUUGGUCUUGUCGGUGCUCAACUCAAACUAGUACAAGCAGUAAAGGCCACAGGGAAACCCACCAUAGUCGUAUUUGUUAGUGGGAAACCGAUCGCCGAGCCAUGGAUACAAGAAAAUGCCGACGCUGUCGUCCAACAAUUCUAUCCCGGGGAAUUAGGAGGACUCGCUAUUGCCGAGGUCAUUUUUGGCGCGGUGAAUCCGUCCGGUAAACUGCCAGUGUCGUUCCCGCGUGACGUUGGAACAACCCCAGUGUUUUACAAUUACCUGAAAGGCAGCAGGCCAAUUGAUGCAGGUCAGGUUUUAGAUAACGGACAGCUCAAGUUUGGACAUCAGGCAAGUCAAUAUGUCCUCAAUAGCCCCGUCCCCCUUUGGAGUUUUGGACACGGCCUGAGCUAUACUACCUUCAAUUACACCAAUUUGAAAGUAUCCCCUUCAACGAUCAGCGCUAACCAAGAUUUCACUGUCACCGUCACAGUUAAAAAUACGGGAGAGGUAGAUGGAAAAGAGGUUGUUCAGGUGUACAUGACCGAUGUCGUUAGCUCUGUAGUCACUCCAAAUCAGGAGUUAAUUGGAUUUCAGAAAGUGGACAUCCCGGCUGGAAAGUCGGUCACUGUUUCCAUCAAGGUUCUGUCUUCCCAACUUGCGGUUUGGACUUUGAAGAACACUUGGGUAGUCGAACCAGGGGCAUUCAAUAUCAAAGUGGGAACAAGCGAUCAGGCAUUUGCUACCACGACCUUGACUGUACAGUAA